AUGCAGCCUACUGGAGAUGAACCCAAGGGGUUUGGAUGGGCUGACAAAUUCUGUCCUCCUGGGCUGGAAUACUUAACGCAAGUAGAUCAACUAUUAGUAAAACAAAAGGUGGAACUAUUUGAAGUGUUCACUGGAUGGGAAACAAGAAAUCGUUUUGUUAUUGCGAACAGUCUUGGACAGCAAUGCUACUACGCAGAGGAAGAAAGUACUGCGUGUAUGCGUCAAUGCUGUGGGGGCGCUAGAGGCUUCACUAUGCAUAUAUCAGACAACGCAGGACAGGAGGUGAUGCGUUUAAACCGUGAGUUUAAGUGUUGUGCUGGUUGCUGUUGGUGUGCUAAUAGUGACUGCUGUGCUUUUGAAUUGAGUGUGGAAGCACCCGUUGGUAAUAUUGUUGGAUAUGUCAGACAAGC